UUGGGCCCCGCAGCGCGCUUGCCCCGGCAGCUCGUAUGCCACGCGCGCUCACAGAGCAUUGGUCAGCAAUCCCGUUCACGUUUCACAGCCCGAGCAUACCCCCGCGAUUUCAGUCGACCGCAGAUGGCAGCCCGACUUGUGGUAGUUCGAGAAGGCAUUCUGGGAGCCAGCGCGCCGGACAAGCGGGACGAGAUUGUAGGGGUGGAGGUCAAGUUCUGGGUGGAGAACACCUUCGUCUGCGUGGCCGACCCAGACAAGAUACGGCUCCCCGAGAAGAGGUGCAGGUCACUCCCGCCCAGGAAGUCCGUGGAGCUGCGUGAAACUUCAGCGCCCCCUCGGAACGGCAACGCCGAGGUUCAGCACAUACGCAACCGAGGCAAGCGAUGCAAGUGGUGCCGAGGCCGCAAGGGGGACAGUUGCAGGUGCAUCUAUAAGGCCUCGUCGCAAGUAGCAAUGUGCAGCAUGCUUCGCAGUGGAUAGAAUAGGGUGUGAUCCAGCGCGUAGCUGUGGACUGAAUUACCGGAUGCCUGAUCGGACGUACGUUUAGUACGGUUCUUUUGAAGCUCGAGUCGCAACAAGGUCACCAUCAUCUAUGACGCUCUCCCAGUGCAGGCGCUCUCCCGAUGCCCUUCUGUGCCUGCGCCUGCUCUUCCUCCUCCACUGGCGCCCCUCUGCCCCCCUCCUCACCUCACUCGCCCGUUUGCAGCUCGUGUCUUUGGACACGGAGCACUUGCCCCACGACUCGCCCGUUUGCAGCUCGGAUUGGGCGCCUGCGCUCGGCGCGCGCCCCCGCUCUCCCACGCCCCGCUUUUUUCCCGGCGUGGGGUGCUGGUAUACGACCCGCGUCUCGACCGCCGGUCGCACGCCAGUUUCGGAAAACGGGGAGAUGUGGAGCAUAGUCCUAUGGUACUGAAAUAUCUGACGGGCCCGUGCGGAAGUGAUUGCGCCCUUCCGCCGUUCGUUGCCACGUGUGCUUGCAAGCGGCUUCGGAAGAUGUAACGAACUGGGGCUGACGGCAGACAGGUGUCUCGAAUUGUUUUCGACGACUUCGGCGGCCCAUCGGCAGCUGUAGUCGCAUCAAGAGUUGAUGCGUUGGGCGUGGAGUGCUCUGUCUGGCACAUGACGCGCGUUGCUAUGGCCACGUGCCGCGGACGGCGCACUGCAAAUGCCAUUGCAGGCGGCCAGUUGUAUCGCGAAUGUAUCGCGCCAGAGAUUUGUAUUGCGUUGCAUUGCGCGCAAGAAUCGAGCAAGAUAUUUAC